UGUCCCUGCACUGAGCACUGGCUCGCUGAUCCAACCAUGGAGGCAGCUGCAGAUCUUCAGGAGACAGUGUCCUUGGCCCUGUAAGUGCCCUGCUAUGAGGGGCUGGAUCAAGGCGAGGAGGGAAUUGGAGGAAGUUUGAGUUUAACCCAAAGCUGGGCAUUGAUAAUCCUGUCCUCUCCCUGGCUGAAGACCUCGAUCCUUCUGAUCCCUGGAGUCUGGACCGGCCUCGCUUCUGUCUGCUGAGCAAAGAGGAGGGCAAGAGUUUUGGUUUCCACCUGCAGCAGGAGCGGGGCAGGACAGGGCAUGUGGUGUGCAGGGUGGAGCCAGGCACCUCUGCCCAGCACCAGGGUCUUCGGGAAGGAGACCGGAUCCUGGGGGUGAACAACCACGUUGUGGAACAUGAAGACCAUUUGGUGGUGAGGUUGGGUUGGGACCCCCCUCAGGCAGAUGGAAGCCAGGUGGUCACCUCCCUGGGUAUAUGGGGGGUCAGGAGCCAAGCCUCGGACUCCCCCACUCCCCAGGAUGUGGGGGUGCCCAGGUCAGACCUGUUGGGUGAAGGCCUCCAGAGAGCUGGUUCCCACAGUGAAGUGUAGCUUCCAGGAAGCGGGAGCUGGCAAGAGGGGCCAGCCCCAGCCCGCCGCCCUGCCCACCGCCCUGCCCACCGCCCUGCCCGCUGCCCUGCCCACCAUUCAGGUGAUACGCCGCAUCCGGGCCAGCGGGCCUCGGGUGUUGCUGACAGUUUUGGCGAAGCAUGUGCAUGAUGUGGCCCGAGCUCAGCGGGGGAAUGGUGCCCAUCUCUGUCCUACUCUCGGCCCGGGGGUCCGGCCUCGACUGUGCCACAUAGUGAAAGACGAGGGUGGCUUUGGCUUCAGUGUCACGCAAGGACGUUGGGGUCCUUUCUGGUUGGUGCUGAGCACUGGAGGAGCAGCUGAGCGGGCAGGGGUGCCCCCUGGGGCCCGACUGCUAGAAGUGAAUGGGGUCAGUGUGGAGAAGUUGACACACAACCAGCUCAGCAAGAAGCUUUGGCAGAGUGGCAAGCAGGUGACCCUGCUGGUGGCAGGGCCAGAGGUGGAGGAACAGUGUCGCCAGCUGGGAAUGCCCCUGGCUGCACCCCUGGCAGAGGGCUGGGCACUGCCCAACAGACCCCGAUGCUUGCAUCUAGAGAAGGGGCCCCAGGGCUUCGGGUUCGUGCUCCGGGAGGAGAAGGGCCUGGACGGUCGCCUAGGUCAGUUCCUGUGGGAGGUGGACCCAGGACUGCCAGCAGAGAAGGCUGGGAUGCAGGCUGGGGACCGGUUGGUGGCUGUGGCUGGGGAGAGCGUGGAGGGGCUGGGCCACGAGGAGACAGUGUCCAAGAUCCGUGCGCAGGGCUCCUCCGUCUCGCUCAUUGUCAUCGACCCCCAGGCUGACCGCUUCUUCAGAAUGGUUCGCUUGUCCCCGCUCCUUUUCUUGGAGAGCACAGAGACGCCUGACUCUCCCCAGGACAUCUGCUCAGCCUCUCUGGUUGAGACCGGGGCCCCACCAGUUGAAGACACAACAGUGUCCCCUGUCCCACGUGGAUUCCGCCACUGCUUCCUGUAUCCUGGGCCUGGUGGUGGCUAUGGCUUCAGACUCAGCUGUGUGGCCAGUGGGCCGCCUCAUCUCUUCAUCUCCCAGGUGACCUCGGGAGGCUCAGCUGCCCGGGCAGGGCUGCAAAUGGGAGAUGUGAUUCUAGAGGUGAACGGGCAUCCCGUGGAUGGAGAGAAUGACCUGGAAAGGCUUCAGCAGCUGGCCGAGGCGGAGCCACCUAUAUGCCUGAAGCUGGCGGCCAGGUCUCAGCAUGACUUGGAAGCCUGGACUCCCCCAGGAUCUGGAGAGGACUGGGCUCUAGCCUCAGAUUUGCUCUAGCGCCCCCGGGCCUGGUGCAGGUCUGUCCAAGCUUCCCUGUCUUCACUCUCCAGCCUGGGUGGUGGGAGCUGAGAUGCUCUUUAAGCCAGAAGCUGCAGCUCUAGGACUCUGCAUACCUCUAAGCACAGGGAUUGCCCAGGGUCUCCCUCCCUUCCCAGGGCGCCCCCCUCCCAGAAAAGGGUGUGGUCAGAGGUCUCAGGUGGGCCCUGAGGGAGCCUCCCCUUUGAUUCCAAAGGAAGUCAUGUGGAAGCCUUGGGAGCUGUGCCCCAAGGAUGAAGUUCUGCUUGAGACGAGUGGCGUGAUUUUGUGACUUAGAACAAGAAACAGGCUUGGUCUUCAUGCCCUUUUCUUGUGCAGAGCUCAUAGAACCGUGGAUUUCUUAAGUAAUCAGAAGGAUAAAGGUGUCUUCUCUUAUUCAAAAUAAGCUCUUUUGAAUAAUAAAAACCACACCUAGUUUUUAUUAAUGAGGUGACUUCUGGAAAGCACCUAAGGAUGGGGGCAGGGGACCCAAUCAUGGGAUUAGAGGAGUGGAACUUUCAGCACCACCCUUCCUCCCACCCUCAGCCUCCUGGGAGGGGAGAGUGGCUUGAGGUUGAAUUAAUCACCAAUGAUCAGUGGAUGAAUGGAUCAUGCCUAUGUAAUGAAGCCUCCAUAAGCAACCCUAAAGGACAGGUUCAGGGUUGCUGAACAUGUGGAGGUGCUGGGAGGGUGGCGCACCUGGGGUGGGCGUGGAUCUUCUAUGCUCGUACCUGGCCCUGUGUAUCUCUUGCAUCUGGCUGUUCCUGAGCUGUGUUCUUUAUAUUAAACUCAUAAUCUAGUAAGUAAA